CAAUCACUUCCAGUGUCAUUUUAGCUAACAUUUAGGCAUAGGGUGGUGUUUUCUCCGCGUUUUUACCAUGGUUUUUAAACGGAUGUUUAAGUUUCAGCCAACCGAGGGCACUUCAGCAGAACACUGUUGCGUACCUUUUUGUCAAGCAACCAGUAAAUACAACAGAGUACUCAGCUUUCACACUUUUCCCGCUGAUGAGGAAACUCGGCAAAAAUGGAUUGCGGCUAUCCGUCGGGAUAAUCUCACAGUGCGUCCCCAUGUCCGCGUCUGUAGUCGACAUUUUAAAAAAGGAGACAUGCGAGAGCCACAGGCUGAGGGCAGACGCCGGCUUUUAAAGAAGGGAGCAGUCCCAGCGUUAUUUGAGUGGAACAACUACUCGGUUCCUCUACCAACACUGGAGUUUGGGGCGAAGAGAGAAGGAUCCGAGGAGGGUGUCGCACGCAGCGAGGAGCACACACAUAGGCCUACGUUCCUCCCUGACCACGCUUAUGCCUCAACUACAGACCCCGACGCUGUUGCUCCAACUCUUGGUGAAACUACAACUAUCAAAGAGGAGCAGGAGAGGAAUCAUGUAGAGGAGCAAACUCCGGAGCGGUUUGGGAUCCACCGUUUUGCAGCCUCCGACAAAGACAUUCUCCUUUUCACAAGAUUCGCAUCCUAUGACCAUCUCAUGCACUUCUGGGCACUAAUAGAGCCAACACUGCCAUUUAUGAUCAACGUCACACAGGCUCAGAGACGCACCUUCAUAGAGCUAAGUGACACAACGCAUUCCCUGCAGCAAAUAGAUGAGAUGUUCUUAUUCCUCAACUAUCUGGCACUGGGCUUAAAGCAGCAGGACCUUGCAGAUAGAUAUGGAAUCGACCAGUCCACAGUCAGCAGAAUCAUCAAAACAUGGAGCAACUUCCUCUAUAUCAUCCUAGGAUCUGUGAGGAUUUGGUUACCAGUGGAUAAGAUAGUGGAACAUCUACCAACAGAGUUCAUGGGCUAUGCAGACACUACAGUUAUCCUGGACUGCAUAAAGCUGAGGUGCCAGUGUCCAUCCUCAUCUGUUCGCCAAAGUGAAGUUCUCUCUUCACACAAGUCGGACUGUACUGUUAAAGGUCUGAUUGGAGUUGCUCCACAUGGAGCAGUAACCUUCAUCUCUCCGCUGUGUGCUGGAUCCAUGGAUGACAAGCAGAUCGUGCGAGAGUCUGGAAUUCUGUCACUCUUAACACCUGGGAUGGCCAUCAUGGUUAACAGAGGGUUUGUUGUCGAUGACCUUGUGCCAUGCAAGGUCUAUAGGCGACCACUUCUUUCUGACAGGUCCCAGGUCCCAGGUGCUUGUGAGGUCAGGGAGACAGAGACAAUUGCACGCCUCAGGGUGCAUGUUGAGCACCUCUUAGGUAAAGUAAAGGGACACAAGUUCUUCGACACUGAGAUCCCACUCCAGCUUUUUGGCAAUGUUAACCAACUAUAUGCUGUGGCAUGUCUCCUUACAAACUAUGAAAAUGGACCUCUUGUAAAGGGAUUGGUAAGGAAACCAGUGUAGGCCCUCGAGCUGAACACAUUUAUAUAUCUGUGGA